GCACCUCGGCUGCGGCUAACAGCUAACAGGCUAACUCCAGAGCUCAGUGCUUCAGCGGGCUCCGUGUGAAAGAAGCCCCGGCUCCAGAGCUGCAGCCCCCGGUACACUCCUCCCGACCGACCGACCCACCGACCCCCGCCUCCGGACCAGCGCCUCUCCCCCCGGGCACACACACGGGCACACACGGGCACACACACGGGCACACACGGGCACACAGCGGCAGGAGCCCGGUCGGUUCCUCCAGAAGAGCCGAAGAUGAUUAAGCUGUUCUCCCUGAAGCAGCAGAAAAAGGACGAGGAAUCCGCCGGAGCGAACAGGACCGGGGCCGGGGGAAAGAAAGCCAGCGCGGCCCAGCUGCGGAUCCAGAAAGACAUAAAUGAGCUGAAUUUGCCGAAGACGUGUGAGAUCAACUUCCCAGACGACGAUGAUCUGCUCAACUUCAGACUCAUCAUCUGUCCAGACGAGGGUUUUUACAAAGGAGGAAAGUUCGUGUUCAGUUUUAAGGUAGGGCAGGGUUACCCCCACGACCCCCCCAAAGUGAAGUGUGAGACGAUGGUUUAUCACCCGAACAUCGACCUGGAGGGAAACGUGUGCCUCAACAUCCUACGAGAGGACUGGAAACCUGUGCUCACGAUAAACUCCAUCAUCUACGGCCUUCAGUACCUCUUCCUCGAGCCAAACCCGGAGGAUCCUCUGAACAAAGAGGCGGCGGAGGUUUUACAGACGAACCGUCGUCUGUUUGAGCAGAACGUCCAUCGCUCCAUGAGAGGCGGCUACAUCGGCGCCACCUACUUCGAACGCUGCCUCAAAUAACACGGCCCCCCCCCCCCCCCCCCCCCCC